AUGGAAACAUCCUCAAAGCACUUAGGUUUUCAAAAAAAGGAACAUAAUUCUAUAAAUGAUAAUCCAUUUUUAAAUCUUACAAAUUCAGGAAGCUCAACACAAUUUAAAAAACAAAAUUUAUCCAAUUUUCCAUUAUCUCAUUUAAGACUAAAUAAAAAUAUAAACUAUGAAUCAUGGCAAUCUUUUGUCGAAAAAGAAAACACUAAUUUUAUAAAAAAAGACCAACAACCUGCAUUAUCUUCAUUCAAUAUAGAUGAAUUAUGGGAAUCAACAAAUAAAUUACUAGCAAAUAAAUCGCCCGAUUCUCUCAAAAAAGAAAAUCAUCAAAUAAAUAAAUUAUCAACUAAAAGCAAUUCAAUUGACAAACAUAAUCUUUCCCCAAAUAAACACAUUGGUACAUCUAAAGAUAUGUUUUCUAAAACAACGAAUUUGUAUAACUUACAAGCAUCAUCGCCAUUAUAUUCAGAAACAAGUCCUAUCUAUUCACAUUUAUCCAAAAAUGCAACUUUAACAGAUACACAAAUGUCUACAAUAUGGAAUGAACUAUCCGAAUUAAAAGUUCGCAUUAAAAAACUUGAAAUCGCUGAUAAAUGGAGAAAGUUAUAUAAAUUUGACAAUUUAGUAACACCAGCAACAUCUCCAGAAAAUACAUUAUCAGACAACUUAACUUUGGAUGAAGAAAAAUGCAAAAUAUUUCAUCUACUUUAUGCAUCCUUAGAAAAAAUGAAAUCAAAUGGUAUAUCUAAAGAAUUAUGGACACCAUUGGAACAUAUUAUUAAUAAAAUACGAACAUUUCAGGAUAAUAAUUAUGAAAAUAUGGAAAAAAAAAUUAACAAUAUACUAAGGAAUUUAACAGAGCUUUCAUUAGCAAUUUACGACUAUCACCAAAGCAUCACAGACUCAAAUUAUUCAGAAAGAAAAAAACGUUUGGAUCAUUUAUUAUUAAGAAGAGCUAACAGUGAACAAAAUAUUACACCACUUAAUCGAAGGUCUAGUUUUUUUAUAAAACAAUACCAAAGAAAUGUGAAACCUUUUCGAAGUUUUAGCAAUAUGGAAAAUAUUAGAAAUAAAAACUUAAAAGAUUUUUAUCAAUCUAACGAUCAUCGGUUAUAUAUGAAGUGUAACUGUAAUAAUAAUCAAUACAAAAACGACACAUAUUUUACAUACUCUAAACAAAAAAUACUUGAAACUUCAACCAAUCCUAAAAUACCAUUUAUUAGUGAAAAUAAAACCACUAAUUCUACAAAUACAAACUUUUCAGAUACACCUUUACGAUCAAACUUUAUAAAUAAUUCUAAAUAUAACUCUCUAAACGAACAUCGAAAUAAUACAUUUACGUAUUUUUCAUAA